AUGAUUUUUAUGGGAACUUCAGUCCAAUUAGAUUUACACGAUAUUUCUUUUGUGGAGGACAUAUUUGUUCUUUUCGGAUCCGUUACCCCGUUGGCCCUAGUUCUUGUUCGGGUUUGGGAUCCACCAGGUCGGGUGGAGCUUUUGAAGUGUACUCUGUUUACGAAUUCUCCUACGCCUUCAUCCUCCUCCGAUCGCCGCUGCCUCCACUCCGCUCACUUCUCCUUUUCCCACUUUGCUCCGGCAGAGAUACUCACAGGAAUCAUCACUUUCAUCCUCAAGACUCAUUGA